UGUUGGAUAAUGAUGGAGACGGAAACAAAAUUUCGAAAAAGGGAAUGCUCCUGGUUGGCUUUUCAUUUGGCUGUACUGCUGCUUCUCGGACAACAAGCUUUGGCUCAGAUAAGAUACUCUGUUCCGGAGGAGGUGGAAGAGGGAACUGUUGUUGGAAAUGUUGCGAAGGAUCUCGGCCUUGACAUCACCUCUUUGACUGAUCGACGGUUCCGUGUUGUGUCUGGAAGUAAGGAAGCUAUUUUUGAAGUUAACCAGAAUAAUGGGGCAUUAUACGUCCGCAAACACAUUGACAGAGAGGAGCUCUGUCAGGGCAGUGGCGCAUGUUUAAUGGAGCAAAAAAUCCUCGUUGAAAACCCUUUAGAAAUGCACUACGUAAUGAUAGAAAUUACUGAUGUAAAUGAUCACUCUCCUAGUUUUCCCCAACAAGAACAGAGAUUUGAAAUAGGUGAACAAACAUUGCCCGGGAUGCGAUUUCAGCUGCACACUGCUCGUGAUCCCGAUGCUGGAAUUAACUCGAUUCGUUCAUACACUUUAACUUCAAAUGAACAUUUUGAAGUAAACAUCCGCCAAAGCGAUGCGGGGAAAAUACCAUUUUUAGUGCUGAAGAAGUCGCUAGACAGAGAACAAAAGGACAAACACACGCUGCUGGUUACUGCAGUUGACGGAGGGAAACCUCAAAGAUCAGGAACAUUAAAUGUUUCAAUCGUUGUUCUUGACAGUAAUGAUAACCGUCCAAUGUUUAGUCAGGAGAUUUAUCAAAUUUCUAUACAAGAAAAUGUUCCAGUCGGCACUUCAAUAUUUAGAAUGAAUGCUACGGAUCCCGAUAAAGGCACGAAUGGGGAAAUUGAAUACAGUUUUGGAAAAACCUUGUGGAGCAAAGUCCAUGAUAUUUUUCUAUUGGACAAACUAACUGGAGAGAUAAGUGUAAAGGGAAUAGUGGACUAUGAAGAAAACAACGUUUAUGAACUCGCCGUGGAGGCAUCAGAUAAAGGGACACCUCCAUUAGCGGGUGAGUGUAGAGUCAUUAUAAAGAUAAUAGAUGUCAAUGAUAAUCCACCAGAAAUAGAAGUCACAUCACUGUCAAAUACAGUGUCUGAAGAUUCAAAACCUGGCACAGUUAUUUCACUUAUUAGUGUGACAGAUAAAGACUCCGGUGUGAAUGGGAGAAUCAUUUUACACAUAACAAAUGAUGAACCUUUUGAAUUAAAACCUUCUUACAAGGAGAACAUAUAUUCAGUUGUCACGAAGGGAUUUUUGGAUCGAGAGGAGGUGUCACAUUAUGGAAUAACAAUAAAAGCCACUGAUUGUGGCGAACCUCCCUUAUCCAUUUAUAAAACCCUCAGUAUUCAGAUAUCAGAUGUAAAUGACAACAGUCCACUUUUCCAACAGAAUCCACUACAGUUUUAUCUGGUAGAAAAUAACGUUGCUGGAGCGUCAAUAUUCUCUGUCAGCGCCACGGACAAUGAUGAGAAUGACAAUGCAGCUAUUUCUUAUCAUGUUGUCAGAGGAGGGAGAGAAAGUGAUGUAACAUCAUUUCUAAAUAUAAAUCCCGAAAAUGGACAAAUAUCCGCAUUAAAAAGUUUCGACUUUGAAACAGUGAAAACUUUCCAGUUCCAAGUUGUUGCCACAGAUUCUGGAACUCCGUCACUGAGCAGCAACGUCACAGUGAACGUGUUCAUUCUGGAUCAGAACGACAACGCUCCAGUCAUCCUGUAUCCACUCAGCUCCAACGGCUCUGCUGAAGGGGUGGAGGAGAUUCCCCGCAAUGUCAACGCAGGACACUUGGUGAGCAAAGUCAGAGCCUAUGACGCUGAUAUAGGAUAUAACGGCUGGUUGCUGUUCUCACUGCAGGAAGUCACUGACCACAGUCUCUUUGGUUUGGACCGCUAUACAGGACAGAUCAGAACACUUCGCUCAUUCACAGAGACAGACGAGGCUGAGCAUAAACUGCUCAUACUGGUCAAAGACAAUGGCAACGUUUCACUCUCAGCAACAGCUACUGUCAUUGUCAAAGUCGUGGAGCCCAAAGAGGCUUUUGCAGCUUCUGAUGUGAAAAGUACAGCAAAGGAUGAGGAGGGGAAUGAUGUGACUUUUUAUCUGAUGAUCACUUUGGGCUCAGUUUCAGUGCUUUUUCUCAUCAGCAUCAUCGUGCUGAUUGCAAUGCAGUGCUCCAAAUCCACAGACUAUACUUCUAAAUAUCUACAAGAGACUAAUUAUGAUGGGACACUGUGUCACAGCAUCCAGUACAGAUCAGGAGACAAACGGUACAUGCUAGUUGGACCCAGGAUGAGUAUUGGAUCUACUAUAGUCCCUGGAAGCCAUGCGAAUACACUUGUACUCCCUGACAGGAGGAGGGCAUCAGGAGAGGUAAGAGUUUGA